ACUGAAGGGGUCUCACUCCCUGAAGGAACAAUAGCAGACAUUGAGGACAGCUACAAGUACCUCGGUAUACCACAAGCCAAUGGCAACCUCGAACUGGCAACAAGGAAAGCGGCUACGGCCAAAUACCUCCAGCGAGUGAGGCAAGUCCUAAGAAGCCAGCUCAAUGGCAAGAAUAAGACCCGGGCAAUAAACAGCUAUGCCCUGCCAGUGAUCAGAUACCCUGCAGGAAUAAUAAGGUGGCCAAAGGAAGAAAUUCAGACCACGGACGUUAAGACCCGAAAGCUCCUAACCAUGCAUGGAGGGUUCCAUCCCAAAUCCAGCACCCUGAGACUGUACGCAAGCCGAAAGGAAGGAGGCCGGGGACUAGUGAGUGUGAGAGCCACUGUCCAGGAUGAAACAUCCAAGCACCAUGAAUACAUCAAGGAGAAGGCUCCAACGGAUGACGUACUCAGAGAAUGUCUCAGACAAUGGGGAACAGAAGAUGAGGCGCUGGAAGAGGGACCAUCAUGGGAGGACAAGGGCCUACACGGGAUGUACCACCGGACCAUAACUGAAGUGGCUGAUCUCAAGAAGUCCUAUCAGUGGCUAGAGAGGGCUGGCCUGAAGGACAGCACAGAGGCACUCAUCCUGGCUGCUCAGGAGCAGGCCCUGAGCACCAGAGCCAUUGAGGCCCAGAUAUACCACACCAGACAAGACCCAAGGUGUAGGUUGUGCAAAGAAGCACCUGAGACGAUCCAACACAUAACUGCAGGGUGUAAGAUGCUGGCAAGGAAAGCCUACAUGGAACGCCAUAACCAGGUGGCUGGCAUAGUCUACCGAAACAUCUGUGCGGAGUAUGGACUGGAAACCCCAAGGUCAAAAUGGGAAACACCUCCGAAGGUGGUGGAGAAUGACAGAGCGAAGAUCAUGUGGGACUUCCAGAUCCAGACUGACAAGAUGGUAAUGGCGAACCAACCGGAUAUCGUGAUCAUAGAUAAAGGGCAGAGGAAAGCCGUUGUAGUGGAUGUAGCGGUCCCAAGUGAUGGAAACAUCAGGAAGAAGGAACAUGAGAAACUCGAGAAAUACCAAGGGCUCAGAGAGGAGCUGGAGAGAGCCUGGAAGGUAAAGGUGACAGUCGUGCCUGUGGUGGUCGGAGCACUCGGGGCAGUGACCCCCAAACUAGAUGAGUGGUUUCAACAGAUCCCGGGAACAACAUCAGACAUCUCAGUCCAGAAAUCUGCAGUGCUGGGAACAGCAAGGAUACUGCGCAGAACCCUCAAGCUUCCUGGCCUCUGGUAGAGGACCCGAGCUGAAUGAGGGAUGGACACCACCCGAGUGGGGGUGAGACGAGGAAUUUUUACAUGCACACGCACACACACAUAAAGAGAAGGGAGAGAUAUGUAUGUAUGUAUCAGUGGCGGAUGCUGGUCUGUCAAGGAGGGGAAGCUCAAUUUUGGCCUACAUCAUAGAAUAUGUCAGUUUAUUUAUACGUGGAUUCUACUCUCCGUUCCUUUUCAAGAAAAUUAUCUGUGACGCUGUCAUACCAACGAGGCGUCUUUUCCAGCGACUUAACGAGUAUCCUACAACGACAGUAACUACAAUAAAACCUACCAGAAAUAAAAUGUGAAUUCAUCAGUAGUCGCUAAGAUGAUUAGAAGAAGUCUCCAGUUCAACUCAGAGCAGAAUGAGAAUUGAAAGAUGCUCCCACGGAUGACUACACAAAAAGAUCGGUGAUCGGCUCAUUUCACUGCCAAUCAAAAAGAGAUUCAGCCUCAGACAGAUCAUCCAAUCAUCAUGGAGAAAAGUUCAGCUUCGGGGCAGCCUAUAAACGCCCACUGUCCAUAGACUCCCAGAGACGCUGAGCGUCCGGUGGUCGGGACAAAACCAUUUAUCCAAUGACUCGUCUCGUUUCAAUGCACUGGAACAACCUACACUGAACUCUCUAGCGCUGUAGACGCUCAGCGUCCACACAGUUUAUAGCACAGUGAAGCUGCGGGAAUGAAUGAGAAGAAAUCCGCAUCGUAACCAGUAAUAAGAAGCUGAUUCGGAACAAAAGUUGAGCGCGUUGUAGCACAUAUUUUGUCAAUGACAUGUACACACAUAUAUUUGAUCACUUAUUUUUUGACAUUUUAGGGGAAGCUGAGCUUCCCUUGCGGUCUUAGAGCAAUCGCCUCUGGUAUGUACUGUAUAUCUAUGGUCGGCCCGGUGGUCCAGUGGUCGGCAACCUGCGGGCUCUGGAGCUUUUUCAAAUAUUCUUCAAAAAGGAAAAUUUUUUUUUUUCUUUAAUAUGGUUUCUGUACGAGGACAAACAUAAUACAAACAUUCUUAACAUUUUCCAAUGCUGUAAAAAUUUCUAGAAUAAAUAUUAAAUUUCAACAUU